AUGCCUUUCCUCACCACAACCAGUAGCGAUCGCGGCUAUAGCCCCGUCGCAAAAGUUCGCGACCUCGAGGCAGAUGAAUCCUUCGUUCUAACCGAGUACGAAACCCACGCCCGCAAAUGCACCCGCUGCAUCGACGCCCUCGACGCCUUUCGCGAGGGUCGUCUCCUCUGCGAGCGCGGACUCGGCUACGCCCGCGACGUCGCAAACUAUAUAUUCACCAAAUCCGGAAAGGCAUAUUCGGCCGUCGACAAUGAGCAUGACGAGGAAGUUCUCGUGCGCAUUCCGCGGGAAUACAAGGCUUCGCGCCGGUUGUUGUUGGCCAUUGAGGAAGGGUUGCGGUUGCGUCGCGAUCAACCCAUCGUUAGCUACGAUGCUACCUACCCUGUUGGCGCACGUCGACCUGCCGAAAAUGCGGGUGCUGGCGGUGAUGACGACGAAACUGUCACUGAGAUUAUUGAGCGUGCUCCUCGGACCCGUCGUCGCGUUAUUAUCUACCGUCGCACUUCGCCCGGUCGAACUUCCUCGAGCAGGGGAUCGUUAUAUGAAGCCGAUCGAGUCGAUCGUCAAGAGCGCCGACAAUACAUUCGAGUAUCACGUUUCAAAUCUACCAAAACCGGGUGUAAUACAAUCGGUAUUGAUCUUGCGCCGACUAAACCGUUAAGUCGCGACAAUCGCAAAACGGGAAUCCUAUCGGAGGAUGAGUGA